ACGAUCUGAACUGUCAAAUGACGAUGGAAUGCCAAAAUAGAAAAAAAGAAAGCAAAAAACAUUGUUUCGUUUGAUACAAUUUGCCGAAACAAUUGUCGUAGCGGGGCCGUGAAUUUGUGCUACGUUUUUGUUCUUUUAAUUUAAUUGCUUCUCGUCAAACGCAAAACAUAGUUGUCUCAUAAAUGAUCGAGUUGGGUCGCGUAACUGUUUGUAGCGAAGAAUCGUGUAGAGUUCCCUGGUGGCGGUCGUGUUGAACAAUUCUCUACUCUCGGACAAGAUAAUUCCAACUCGUUGGCAUCCUCCCCCUACAUUGUACGACAAUGACCCAGCCCCUAUCGGGUGACAAUAGAAGGAGUAGACAACAAGAUAAACUUGUUAACGGUGUUGUUUAGCGAAUUGGAAUCGCCGCGUAUCUUUGUUUAAUUGAACUUUAUCGCAAGCCGCUGUUUUCACUGGCAUUGCUCAUAUCCAAUAAGGUCAUCAACGUGAAGUGAAACUGAAUAUUUGUACGCGCUUCUAGCUGUGUUCUAGUCACGGCCAUCUUUGACAUUGUCACCAAUAUUGGAUCAAAAUUUCGGCCGGCCAAGGGGAAAAAAGUUCUUAAAAUAUCUACCCCUUACGUUUUGGACACCACUCACUGUUACCCUUUGCAUUUUUAGCCCUUAGCUGGGUGGGGGACAUGAGUAGCAGUCGCGCCAGUGCUAGUACUGCCGGUGGUACUACUACUUCGGCUGAUGGUUCGACUGCCUCCUCUUUUUGGCGCAACAACAGCCGUACGAUUCCCGGUCGUCCGACAACGGUCACUAAUCGCGUAGGCAGUGGACGACCGAUCGGAUCUAGUUCGUCCGCUGGAAGCUCAUCCUUUCAGGAUUAUCAGGACUCUGUCAGCGAUGCGUGGGAUUUGGGCGACGAUGAAUUUUGCAUCAUUUCCGGCGUAGUGGACACGCGCAUAUCAAAACGAGCUUCACAGACAGCCGCGCUAAAUGUGAUUAAAACCCACAAAAGUGGUACUGCUGGCAGUGGUCUCAAACAGCCGAAUUCCAUCCGCCCGGAUACACCAGAAUCAAGCAGUGCAGCAACAGGCGUAGGAACUGGUCGAAUAGAGCAACAGCAAAGUGACAAAGGUUCGCACGUAACGGCAGUACUGCGAAUAGAGAAUUUAGAUAUUCAAACUCAACAACAGCAGCAGCAGCAGCAGCAGCAGCAACAACAACAACAACAACAACAGUCCAAUGAUGGAAUGAGCUACGUGAACGAUCAUCGCCUCCGCCAACGGUUUCAUGCAUACCCGGGACGACCUCAGUUGUUAAAACUCUCCUCAAAUGUGGCCUCCAAGGACGUGGAGUGUGAAUCAAAGUACGAAAAGUUUAGUAACAUUCUUGAGGCACCACUACUGAACCUGAUCGCCCUGAAAGAGCUUAGCUGGUCGGGCGUGCCACGUCGAAUGCGUGCCGUUACAUGGCGGCUUCUCUCCGGUUAUCUUCCGACCAGCUUAGAGCGCCGUCAAACGGUACUGGAACGGAAGCGUGUCGACUAUCGGAAGCUGGUACAGCAGUAUUUCGAUGCGGACUGUCGAGAUGAAAGCCAACAGGAUACGUACCGCCAAAUUCACAUUGACGUACCACGAAUGAACCCACAUGUGGCGCUGUUUCAGCAGAAGCUGGUGCAGGAAAUGUUUGAGCGAAUACUGUUUAUCUGGGCCAUUCGACAUCCGGCGUCGGGGUAUGUGCAGGGUAUCAACGAUCUCGUAACACCGUUUUUUAUCGUCUUUCUUCAGGAAGCUGUUGGAGCGGAUAAAGACCUGGAACAGUGCCAACUGAGUGACCUCAGCAUCGACCAGCGGGACAUCAUCGAAUCGGAUUCGUUUUGGUGUCUGUCCAAAUUUCUCGAUUGCAUUCAGGAUAAUUAUAUUUUUGCACAGCUCGGUAUACAGGCAAAGGUUAAUCAGCUGAAGGAACUGAUACAGCGAAUCGAUGGGACGCUACACCGACAUCUCCAAAUGCACGGUGUUGACUAUUUGCAAUUUUCCUUCCGAUGGAUGAACAAUCUCCUCACACGCGAACUGCCACUCUACUGCACCAUUCGGUUGUGGGACACCUAUUUGGCCGAGUCGGACGGUUUUGCCGUAUUUCAACUUUACGUUUGUGCUGCCUUUUUGCUACAUUGGAGAGAACAGUUGCUUCAGGAGAAAGAUUUCCAGGGACUCAUGCUGUUGCUGCAAAACCUGCCAACACACAACUGGAUGGAUUCGCAUAUCGGAGUGUUAGUGGCGGAAGCGUUUCGCCUUAAGUUCACCUAUGCCGAUGCCCCAAAGCACCUCGAAGCCAAAAGUUGACCCGGAAUGACACUGGACGGUGGGUAUUAUCACAACUACUGUAGAAACUAUUUGUAUAAGUUUAUUUGAAACAACCGCGCAUGUUGCUAUACCAUUGUGGACAUCAACAUAGCGAAAAUCUACAUAACCAUUGAUGUGAGAAGGAGCUGGGAGAAAGAAAAUCCUAUCCACCCAUAAUGGUAUUAUGAUACGUAUGACUGGCAGGGAAGCAGAGGCGGAGAGACUACCGAUGGCAAAGGAAUCAUGAACGAUAAUACAGGCAGAAUUUCUUGUAGAACAAGAGCUGCUUAUCUACUUCUAGACAGAGGGAACAAGCGCCGAAUGGCAUAUUAAAACGUGUGCCGUUGAUACAAAAACAGCGUGAUUGAUUGGUCGCGUUUCAGAUUGAUUGUUUUAUCAAAAGAAAAUUACUGUUCGUUAUCGAUCUCUGUAUAAACUCAUCGAAAUCAGAAUGUUUGUUAUUCGUACUUUUUUUUAAUAAAAUAAAAAUCUGAUUAUACAAAUAAAUCCGCCAAGGUAGUAGCACACAACAUGGAAACAUCGAAGGCAAGUGACAACUGAGUGAGAACUCGUAAAGGAAGAACUGAAAUGAAAUUUGAUUGUAGUAAUGCAUCGGACCGCGGAAGAAUAUAUAAGUGGGGUAUAACUGCAACCAAUUAGAUAAUUGUAAGCAAAUAAACGAAUAAAUCAACCAAUAUAGCUAACUU